AUGGAUAACUAUAACAUUGAUGGUAUACUUAUUCUGCUAUCUUCCAACAAAAUAAGGGAUAAGAAGCUCGGGCUAGAUGAUCUGACAGAUCUGCUGAAAUCUCAACCCGCGAAUGUGCCCAUAAAGGCGUAUCAGGGCAUCAGUGAGAGCCUUGUGGAGCUACUUACUUCUGAACAUAUACAAUACUGUACCCUUCUCGAUACGGAUGCUGCUGCUCGAGGGAAUAAAUUAAGCCUGCUCGAAGAGAGGUUGUCAUCGAGCGCAUACGUUCUUAGACUUUUCAUAGAGAAGUUUAAUAACAAGCUGAAACUGAGAACUUUAAAUUUCCUUUUAAAUGCAAUACCAACAUUGAUAGUUCACGAAGGUACUAUAAGAUUGAUCCCUGCAGUGGCACUAAAUUUGACCUUUGGUCUCCUGUCGCUGGUAAACUCAAAGCUAUUCAAACUGAAAUUUGUAGAGACCAAAUGGAUCUUUCUCGUGGAUAAAGUUUGUGAAAUUCUUGACCAUCAAGCGAGCGAGGACAAAACCACUUUCAAUCUUUUAGCUACUUUAGUAUCGUUGUUGAGACGAGAUACGGUGGGGUUGUACAGCGUGAGUAUCAAUUUACACAGGACAAUUUUAAGACUCAUCAAAAUGAGCGAAAAGGAGACGAGUAAUACAAAGCUGAUUUUUAAUUUGAUGAAUACUCUGAUAGUAGAAACCCACUGUCUUAAUAUCAUGGAUUCCAUACAGCUAAUUAAAGAAGCAUGGAAGUAUCAACUCACAGUAGGUGAUUUUAAUAGCGAAUCCCUACAGUUAGAAGCCACGCUAUUGGAUGUUUUUGCGAGCGAGUUGGUUUGCAAUAAUUUGCCCCUUAUGGAGGGGGCAGCCGCAGAAGACGCCGCUCAUGAAGUUUCCUAUGACCUCUUCACGGAGUACCUACUUCACAAGUUGGGCAAAUUUGAUUCAAUGUUUGUUCCUGCCAGUGCAUUAUCUUUCAAGGAAUAUGACGAAGGGUCCACUUUUUUUGGAUUAUUUGAAUUUCAGGAUAUACAAAUGACAGAUCACACAAGGGUUUUGCCUUGGUUGAAAUUGUUGUCAUCUGUAAAAUUAUUGUCUGCAUACUUCGAACAGUCAAAAAAACAUGAAGGUAACUUGUUAAGUUAUAAGAAGGCCAAAAACAGACGCAAUUUUAGCUCUAUACUUAGACUGUCCGACAAUAUGGUAUCUUUCAUCCAGUAUUGUUUGGAUGACCAGGAAAGUGAGAAUUACGUAAGGUUCGGCUUGCAAUUGGCCACAAUGUAUUUGAUUUCAGUAAACAUUGAUAAAGCAUUGCUAAAAGAUCUGAAAUCAGCUACAAUCCGCAAGCUCGAGAAUGAUGCACAUAUGGACUGGGCAUUGAUAGCAUUGAUUCCUAUAGCAGCCUCAAGGAACGUCUUAACCAUGAAGGAUCAGAUCAAAAUCUUCAAGGUGUCCCUGCCGUUGAUAAAAUACUCAGCGACCUCCAGGUUUGCAUGUGCGCUGCUUGCAAAAAUUAUUAAGGACUCUUCAGAAAUACCAUUUGAUUCGAAACUCAGAGCGGAUAUCUGUGAUAUAUAUGAGUUUUCGGAUAUAAAUGGUCCAAUAUCAAUAUGCGACGAGGCGUUUGAAUUUUGGGAGAAUCUUCAUCAUUUCUCUAACGUCAAUCUCAGAGAAAAUGAAACGGCUGAAAGCAAAGUUCUUUACUGGUUAAAAGCACGGUGGAAUGAACUGGGGGCCUUUAGUCCAAGCGGGUUGAGCACAUUUGUGUCAUGGUUAUGUGGGAAAAAUAUAAACGAAUAUGCAAAGGUUACCAAUUCUACCAACACGCUAACACUGUCAGGAAAAACAGGUCUUGCAACAAUGUACAAGCUGUGGAAAGACUAUGAAAUACAACGUAUUUUUAUGCUUCAAAAAAAUAACACUAAGCGGCUGUCCAAGCCUGAAGAUAGAGCUCGAGGUAUAAAAAAAAUCCAACUAGACAACGAGGAAUCAAACAAUUUACUUUCAAAAUUUCUGGAAGGAUUUGAAAGUAGCAAUGAAGCAGCACCCCUUAAUCGGAUAAUGCGGUCAUUUGAGCUUCUCAUGAUAGUCGAUAAAAUUUCAGGGAACUCAAAUUACUCAACCUUCAGUUACAAUUCUAAAAUUGUAUUUCAAAAAGCUUUACGAUCAUUAGACCUCCAUGAUAAAGAAAUCCAUGUAAUGCUUUUGAAAGAAAUCUUGUUCGUUCGUAUUGAAAAUAUUGGGGGGAUCUUACCUGAAUUCUUUGAUCUUUCAGUCAUAAUUAAUCCGUUGCUGGUAAAGAAAAAUGACAAAAAGAACGACGACGAUGAUUAUGGUGACGAAGUUGGUAAUACUUCAUUCAAUAAAUCAUUCAACGAAGAUUUUAAGUUUGUAAAUGCACCUCCAACACAGAGUUCCGGUAUACUUGCAGUAGCUGUUCAAGCCCUAAUGUCGAUAUACCAAAAGAGUGACUCCACAGCUUUCUAUCCAUAUUUGAAAAGAAUUAUCAAAAUUGCGAGUGCUGAUGACAUAAUUUUGUGCCUGGCCUGCUUAGGUGACUUUUUCAAGAAGAAUAACUGUCUAAAUAAAGUGGAGAAAGUUGAUAUGCUGCAAUGGUUAACUCAACGAACUGCUGAAAAACUACUUGGAUCAAAACAUAAUACUUCUAAUGAGACCAUAUCUGCCCUCAUAUACUACCUGAACUCCAUUGCGUCAGUCUGGAUCGCGGCUCCUGACACUCCAUUAAAUAGUGAUUGUAAAGAUAUUAUGGAUUGGAUAGUUGAAAGAUUCAAUGAUGUACAAUAUAGCGGCCGAAAACCCAUAGAAGAGCUGGUGGAUUUUUUGCUAAACCUCCUAAUAGGCCAUGAUCUUUCACAUGGAAUUGUCAAUGGUGGAAAGCAGCGGGUAUUUUCCACCUUAAUCAAAGGUAUAAGUAAGUUAGAUUUUGCUGCCCGAUCAAAGCAUGCAAGGAAGUUGCUCAAGUAUAUGUCAAAGGUUGGCUACAGAAAUCAGAACGUUAUUAUAUGGGAACUAAAAGAGUUGUACAAUGCUCCUCAACAAAAAAUUGAAAGUUCCGCUUUUUACACAAUGAUGCUCUGUCAAUUUUCGGUUGUUUCAUACUCAGUUAUGGUUGCUGUCAUUGCAUCUUUGUUACCUCUUUCGAGGUUUAAUCAUAUGAGAAGUUACAUUGUAUCUGUGUUGAAUGAGGUCUCUGAAAAUGUUGGGCUGGGCAGCAGGCUUGAACUUUUUCAUUAUUGUCGGAAUGACUUGAUUAUUCUGAGUUGCAUGGAUCUAAAAGACUCUGGGAACAUAUUCGCAACAUGGGAUCCCAUUCUUUUUGACAUCGACGAUACCGAUAUGGUACUCAAAAAAUACUCUAUCGAGUAUGCAGCUGCAUACUUUUCGAGGGGCUUGAAUAAUCCUAAUUUUUUGAGAAAGUUGUGUCAAGUUAAAGCAGAGGAUGAAGCAACCCUCUUUUUGCACAGUUAUCAUCUGGUGGUUCCAUUUUCAUUCCUUCCAUAUGGGAUUGGUGAUUCAAUAUUUGAGGUCGCAAUUCAGCUGUUGGGUACGAAAACUUCAUAUUUUAAUGAGAAGUACCGUCUUCUCUCAUACAAAUAUUUUCUGAGUUUUUUAGACUUGGGUACUCCUGCUCAAUGCAUGGAUAUUGUUAAGGAUAGCUUCCCUGGUUGUAGUUUUAUUGACGAUCUUUUUGGUCCUUCAGAUAAAUUGCGAAGAUAUCAGAACGAGCUAAGAAUUGACUUCCCAGAUGGUUUGAGAAUUAUCAAUUCAUAUUACUACAAAAAUGCCGCAGCCACUUCUGACUUUAACGCUUUAACAUUAUGGGUUAUUAAUGAUUUAGAGCAAAGUAACGAUUUGUUUCAACAACUCCAAUGCAUUCGGGAAAUAAAACUGCUAUUUGUGAUUUACAAAGAAGAACUAGACGAUUACUCAUUUUUGAGCCAACUAGCUGUCAGAUUAAUGACACAAUUAUCAAAAGAUGUUAUACAUGAUGAGCUGUUUUCACUGGCCAUACUCCUGAUUGAUGAACUUCAUGCACAAGAACAUGAUUUUGAGCCUGCCUUGAUUAGAAUAUUUCAGAAUUUGCUAAUACGCCAAUAUACUCUCAAGAAAGAAAUUGAUCCAUUGUAUCUUUCCAAAAUACUUUUGAUAAAAAACUGGGAUUUGAAAAAUAUGCAUAUAUGGGGGUAUUGCAUUGACGCUUUGCGAGGAGAGUCUGUUUCAGAGAAUGCAUAUCAAGUGAAUGACUUUCUCUCAGCCAAGGGAUGCAGCAAGGAGCGCGCUACUGUGAUAUCACUAUUGUUUUCCAAUAUAGAGCAACCUUGUAGGUUCGAUAGUACAUUCAAACCCUCUAUACCUUGUCUUCGCAAUGUCCUCAACAAUCCCGUACCAAAUGAGUACAUAACGGUUCAGUUUAAAUUGUGGCUUAUCGAUUACUGCAAACUGAUUCCAUAUGUUCUUCUUACUCGGGACGAUGUUGAGUUUGAGUCUCUAGCUGCCGUGAUUAUUGAAGACCUCGCUGAAAUGGGUUCUUUUGGACCACUUUACCGAAAUUUCUAUGCUUUUAUGCAAGAUUCAAACAUCAUUAAAUCGUCUCGUAGUGCUAUGUUGUGUGUUGCCAUAAUGUCGUAUUUCAGUACACAUGAAGCAAUACCAGUAUGUGACUCUCUAACUAAAGAGUCUCUAAACAAUCACCCCUUUAUCAUUGAUAUUGAUGAUGAGAUAUUCAAAAUUAUUGAAAAGGAUGUUGGUGGUUAUUUAACUGCCGACAGCUCGUGUAUGGGUGGACUUAUUAUGAACACUUCAUCUUACAACAAUUGGUUAUUAAGUAUUAUAAAAACUCUAUUGGACGGCCUGGAAAUGACACACCCGUAUCUGCAUAUUUUUUAUCCUUUGUGCCAAAGUUCAGUCCAGUUUUCAGAAGCAGCUAUUCUUCCUCUGUUUUCCAUUUCUUUGUACUCAGACGUUAAAAGAGUGGCACCUUGGUUUUUACAACUACUUGAAGGCUUUCGCGAGUUUUCUCCAGAAAUGAUAGAUCACCAAAAUAAGUUUACGCUUUUAUUCAAAAUGAUACUACUACUGCGCAUUGGCUCCCGAAGGAGUAUUCAAAACUGCAGCAAGGUUUAUUCAAAGUUAGAUUUGAAGUGGAUUUAUGAAACUGCCAUCCGGACCAGCCAUGUGAAAUUCGGAUAUAUGCUUUUUGAGGAAGUGAAUAUGGAAACACCAGUGGUUGACCAGAACUCGUUGGAAGGAAUUUACGAAGCAAUAGGUGACAUUGAUCUAUUAUCGGGCUUACCACCCUCACGCACUUUGACUCAAACUGCCGACACGGUAAGUAAAUUGGAAUGGGCCACUUGGAAAAGUCAUUCCUUUCUCAAUGCAAAAUUUGAUUCAGGCUAUUUUCUUGGAUCAGGCAACUUAGAUUCUUCAUUGGUUCGUUCAACAGAAGCAAUGGGGUUCUAUGGGUUGAGCAGUAUUGUUGCGAAAAACUUUUACAUUUCCGAUGAUGCGUACGAGUGGGCUUUGCAGCUGGGGAAGUGGGAUCUCCCCAUACCCGAAACCAUAAAUGAUAAACCGAAAAGUCUCUACUCCACCCUGAAAAGUUUGACAUUAUCUUUAAACAAUCUUCCAACAGCACUAGAACAGUCAAUGAUAGGAAUAUUUGAUGAAAGGACACAAUUUCAGAGUGAUGAUGAGUGGCUGUCUACUCUCACAGAAGUAUCUUUUUUGAAAGAUAUUGCAGAUAAUAUAUCCGAUAAGGAAAGGCUUUGCGAAUUAAUAGAGAGUCAAAAUCUGAAAGAUCAACAGCUUUUAGAAACUCUUUCUUUCAGAGACUAUAAAAUAAAUCUUCAAAGCAGAUAUAUGUUCUGCAAUAUGCUGAUUCCCAAUGAUAUACUUUUAAAGAGGUCAGAGAGAGAAAAUCUCUGUCUUGUCUCCAUAUCACAACUUUUGAUCGGUUCGAAACUUGCAGUAGCAGAAAAGCUUUCACAAGAAGCUCUCAGAAAUUCGUUCAUGCUUGAAGGAUUUCUAAAAAGAGAGGACCGAAUUUUGACAGAAUGCGAUUGGGCAGACUCAGAUUUAUUACGGACAGUGGCAUUCUCCAACGCGAUGGCUCUUUGGUCGGCAAAUGAGAUCAAAACCCCAAUUGUUAUAUUGAAGGAUUUGCUAUCACAACAACGUCAGGAUGUUAGUGUUUUAAAGCAAACUGAUUUAUCCAGACCACUUAUCAUGGUUUCGAAUGACGAGAUAAGUGCACACUUGAUUAAAUGGCUAUCCGAAUCUCGAUUUGAGUCGGGAUUUGACAUAUAUGACAAUUACAUUCGGGAAUUUGAUUUUUCUAUCUCUGAUCUCCACACAAGAGCCAAAAUUUCAUGCAUUAUGGGUGACUUCCUAAAUUCUGAGCUGCAUAGUUUGGUAGCAAGUGAUGAAAUCAACGAGAGACAACGUCAACAAAUCGUGCACAGUAAGGAUCAACAGCAACUCAAGAUAAUUAUAAAGAGCAACACAAUUUCUGAGCGGGAGCGAAAGGAUGCAAGACGACAUUUUUCCCGGCUGAACAUAGAAGUGGAACGUAAUAAUGCUACCCUUAAUGAUCUAUUGAAGAGAAAAGAGAACUUGGUAAAAGAAACAUUGCACUUCUAUGUUAGCGUUUUGGUAUACUCUGAUCGUUUCGAUAACGAUGUCCUUGAUAAAUUUUGUGGUUUGUGGUUUGAACAUGAUAAGGAUAUCUUCACAAACGAAAAACUACAGCAAGAAAUUGCUAGCAUUCCAAGUUGGAAAUUUUUACCUUGGAUUAAUCAAAUAGCAUCCAAAUUGUCACAGGCACCCACGUCGUUUCAAAGAACCCUUCAAAAGACAAUGAAAAGAAUAUUAUUCAAACUCCCAUAUGAAUCGCUAUACUCUGUUAUGAGUAUUAAACUAUAUUCUAACUAUCCAGUGGACGGUGAUAGUUCAAUCCUUCAAAAAGUGAGCGUAAUCAACACGAUUUUAAAGGAUUUACAGGUUUGUCACGACCCUGCGUAUUACAAAACGUACGUCAUUCCUAUUCAGAAAUUCUGCGAGAAAUGUUUAGAACUGGCGAGUUUGAAACCAGACGCGCGAUCAAAGCAAAUCAAUUUGUCCAAUUUGAAGAUUGGUAGAUACUGGCUGGAACAACUCCCAGGUGUCGAAUUGCCUCUACCCACAAUUCGAUUUCCGAUAACUCAUUCUCAAGAUGGCCGGAAGCAGCGGCCCUAUAUAGUUAAGGUUAAGGAGUGUAUUGAUGUCACUACUACAGGUAUUUCUUUACCGAAGGUACUAACAGUUUGGCAAUCAGAUGGUUUGAUGCAAAAAAUAUUACUGAAAGACGGUAAUGACGAUUUGAGACAGGACGCGAUUAUGGAACAGGUUUUCCAACAGGUCAAUAACAUAUUGAAGCACGACAAAUCACUUCGUAAAUCAGGGUUAGGCAUUCGAACCUAUACUGUUAUUCCGCUGGGUCCUAGAGCAGGCAUUAUUGAAUUUGUGGCAAAUUCAGUCUCGCUGCACAGGAUAUUGGGUGAUCUUCACAAACCUGACGCCUUGGGUUUUGAUGAAGCAAGAAGGAUGAUGAAAUCGGUACAGGCGAAGUCCCCUCAGGAACGGUUAAAAACGUACAAGAAAAUCACUGGGAUGAUAAACCCCCAGCUAAAACAUUUCUUCUUCAAUUCUUUCCUAGAUUCUGAGCGCUGGUUUGAUGCGAAAAGCAAAUACGCGAAAAGUCUCGCAACAAGUUCUAUUGUCGGGUAUAUUCUUGGGCUUGGGGACCGUCACUUGAAUAACAUUUUGAUUGACUCCACAAAUGGGGAACCAAUUCACAUUGACCUGGGGGUUGCGUUUGAUCAAGGUCGUUUGUUACCUAUUCCAGAGCUAGUGCCGUUCAGAUUGACAAGGGAUAUUGUCGAUGGUUUGGGGGUCACGGGGGUAGAAGGUCUAUUCCGCAGAAAUUGUGAGCGUGUCUACCAACUUUUGCGAAGCGACUCUGGAAAAGUUAUGUGUGUAUUGAACAUCUUGAAAUGGGAUCCCUUAUACUCGUGGACCUUAUCACCAGUGAAAAAGCACAAGCAUCUUCUAGAAGAUGAGGAAGAAAGCGAAUUGUACAAUGACGCUGCGUUUGCACAAAAUGAAGGGAGCAGUGCCAAGCUUUCUUUAUUCGUCGAUGAAAAUAGAAAUCAAGAGUCGUAUAAGGCGUUGAAGGGCGUCGAAGACAAACUGGUAGGGUCGGGCUUAAGCAUUGAAGCUACCGUACAAGAAUUGAUCCAACAGGCAAUGGAUCCUGCUAAGCUUUCCGUUAUUUACAUGGGAUGGUCUCCAUUUUACUAA